AUGAGCUUUCCGCAACAUAUUCCAAGCACAUCACUUAGUUUCAUAGAUCCGAGUUUAUUGAUUGGGAAUUUGGAUUGGCUGUAUUUGUUGUCGAUGAAGGAGACAGAUGGAUUAUCUGAGAAGUCUUUAACUAAGGGUGAGGAUGUUUCAGGGUUUGAUGCCUUUCUGGAGCAAGUAGACUUUACGAGAUCAGCGUAUAUUAAAUUGAGGUAGUGAAGUGUUGUAAUAGGAGUAGAUAGGAUUAUUUCAAUUUGAUACAGCAUUCAUCUCGGCAUUUGACGGAGAGUCUAUUGAACUCUAAGAAUGAAUACUUUAGCAGAGCCAGCAUGAUGUUGAAUAGGAUCAAUAAGAGCAAAAUAGAGAAACCCAUUGUGAUGGCGACAUGUAAGACAUGGAAUGUGUAAUUUUAGAUCACGAGUGUUCGUAUGAGGUGUUCAGAUAAUGUCAGGGAGUGACAAGUUGUUCAGCAUUGCAAUCGAAUCCAACGAGAUGGCCUUGGGGAUUGGAGGACUUCCACAAGUCAUUAUGCAAACAAGAGCUCUUGUCUCUUUUCUACGAACCAGAUUACUCUAGACAGAGCAUCGAUAAGAAUUUACAAAGAUUAUUAAAGGAGAUUGAUCACAAAUAAUUGUCAAAGAUAUUGAUAGAUUAUGCAUUGAGAGUAGGAACGUUUAAGUAGAUUUUGAGUCUUUGUGAUUUAAAUAUAAGAGAAAUUAUAAAAUUACCAAGAUUGCAAUAAAAGAGUCGCCAUCUACAUUAUAUGAGAUCAUUGUGCGAUUAAGGAGGAUUCACUAUUACAUAAUUACAGCAAUUCACUAAACUAAAUUACCAUCAAAUGACAAUGACAUCCUCUUAAUGUUACUUGUACAUCUUGGUGAGUUCCCCAGUAGGUGGAAUGUACAAGGUGGGCACAGGAGAGGGUGGAACCAUAGCUGGUAAGAUAUAUCUUCAUCAACCCCUAAAAAAGCAAGACGAUGUCUAAUGGGUAUUCCUGCAGAAUAAAUUAUAUCUGAAACAGUAGAAUGGAACUUUGGAUAUCAUUUGUCCUGACACAUUUCAGACCUUGAGUCAAAUGACUCUCCAUUGUCCAGAACUAUUUUAACAUCCUCAAAUGUAGGCAAUAAACAAGAAUUAUCCAUUGAUUACAGAUGGAGAGAAGCUAUUUAUUAUUGGAAGAAAACUAAAUAUUACUAAAGUGGAAGGAGCACCAGCCAAAGUGAUUAAAGAACCAGCAGCUUCNUAAUAGUAAAUUAGCAAUGAAAUUGAUGCUAGAUAUUUGUGGAGUGUUUGGAAGGAGAUUUGUAUAAUGAGGGGGAGAUUUAUUUGA